UGACGCGCGCGCCCCCCCCGCUCGCGGACUUGGUACGGUCCUCUGGGUGGGGAGCCGUGCGGGAGCCGUGCGGGAGCCGUUUGGGAGCGCGGCGGCGAUUUCGUUUAGAGACGAGUCCGAAAAGGGAACGCGACAAAAACAUGAUUUCGUCACGUCACUGGAGAAAGUUUGAUCCCGAGUGGAAAGGCGAAUAUUUGGAUUAAGUUGUGAAGCAGAAACGCGGUGAUUCCACGCGCGUGCGGCGGAAGGAGAGGGACGUCAGGUCGGACACAGCCGGCGUCUCCCGUCAAGCUCAGGAUCGAGUCCGGAUUGUUGAGUGUUUCCUCCCCGUGGGUCGGAAUACGAGCCCCGCUUCGCCCCGUGUCGCUUUUAUCCGGGACUAGUUUGAGAGAGGAGCCCACGGUGAGUCCUGCGUGACCGAUCCGAGCGCGGGGGACUCCGGAGGAUGCAGUUUGGAGUGAGCGGAGGAGUUCUCUGUCCCUGCGCUUAAAGCUUUGGAUUUACGCGCUGUUUUGUUGUGGAACAGAAAGCCCGAGCUGCCCCCGCGCAGCCACUGUGGAUCUAUCUGAAGGAAUACUGCGUGAAACUCUGUGUGACGCGGAGCAUCGGGACAGUUCACUCUCAGCUCGUGUGGAAAUUCUCUUUUUUAAUCAUGUGGGAGUGCGCUUUUACCCGAGCUGUUUGGAGGAAGAGGAGAGAUUGAUAAAAGCAGAGCGGAGCUGAGCAUGAAUCAGUGCGUGUAGUGAUUGAAGUCGAACCCCGCGGUACUGCGGCCAGUGCACUGCUCCCCACAAAGUAUCAGUAAUUGGAACUAUUUUUAGUGAGAGGCAUGGGGUAAAGGCAGGCAGAUGGAACCCUAUCUCCCGUUUACUUCCUCUGUUCUGCCCCUUCCAUCACUCCUGGCUCUGCCCAAUAGGACGCAUGCAGGCUGAGGCUGGCUCCCCCUCACCUCCGGGAGGGUCGUGGAAACCAACAUUAACCCACAGUCUUAGAGCAACAUAAGCUAUUUGAGUAACUUGAAAUGUUUGAAGUUGUUUUGAAGUUAUUUUAAGAUUCUAAAAACCGUAUAAAAUGUGACUACAAAGUAGUCUGCUUUGAUAGAGUUUGUAGGAGACGCUUUACACUACCUAGAACACACCAGCAGCGUGAGGUGAGCACACGACCUCAGCAACAGAACGAGGCAUCAGAGAUGAGACACGAUGCCCGGGUCGUACCAAAUCUUCUUUUACCCCCCACACCCACAGAGAGCCCCCGUAUUUAUGUAGUAUGAGAGAAGUGUAUAUGUAUGUAGUGCGCCACAGAGUUUACAUCCUUUAUAUUUUUACAUCAGAGACUCCAGCUGCCUGUUCACCAGCCUUUGCCUUAGAAACAGUAACGACAAGCUACGAGCCGGAGUAGAUGGUGCCUUCGCUAAAUAAGUUGAGUUGGAUGUACAUUUUUGAACUCUGGGAAGAAACAGCUGAUGAGGGUUACGUAACACUCUCCAAGCUCUGAGCACAGGACUUUUGUGUUUCCCAACUGGAUUGAUCAGUUGCCAAGCGUUUCCAUGGUGAUCACAUCAUCUGUGGAAGACAAGACUGUGCCCCCCUGCAGGAUGGUCCAACCGGACCCUUGGAUGACCUCUGGCCUUCUCCGGAAGAACAAGAGUGCAAGCAGCUCAGGAUGUCCUGCCACCUCCUCUUCGUCCUCCUCCUCUUCCUCCUCCUCCUCCUCCUCCACUGCCCAGGGAUUCUCCCACGCUGAGCCAGCCAUGACCAGCCAGCACACACACCCACACCCCUCCUUCAGCUCCAUCCACUCCAUGGCCGAGCAGCAGCAGGUGCUGUCUGAUAUGACCAUUCUGCAGCGGAGGAUACCCCCCAGUUUCAGAGACCCUGCCAGUGCGCCGCUCCGCAAACUGUCUGUGGACCUCAUCAAGACCUACAAGCACAUAAAUGAGGUGUACUACACUAAGAAGAAGCGGCGGGCUCAGCAGGUGCCCCCGGAGGACAGCAGCACCAAGAAGGAGAGGAAAGUCUACAACGACGGAUACGAUGACGACAACUACGACUACAUCGUGAAGAACGGCGAGAAGUGGCUGGACCGCUACGAGAUCGACUCUCUCAUCGGGAAGGGCUCUUUCGGACAGGUGGUGAAGGCGUACGACCACCACGAGCAGGAGUGGGUCGCCAUCAAGAUUAUCAAGAACAAAAAGGCUUUUCUGAACCAGGCCCAGAUCGAGCUGCGGCUGCUGGAGCUGAUGAACAAGCACGAUACCGAGAUGAAAUAUUACAUCGUCCACCUGAAGCGUCACUUUAUGUUUAGGAAUCAUUUGUGUUUGGUUUUUGAGCUGUUGAGCUACAACCUGUAUGAUUUAUUACGGAACACCAACUUCAGAGGAGUGUCCCUGAACCUCACACGGAAGUUUGCACAGCAGCUCUGCACAGCGUUGUUAUUCUUAGCCACGCCUGAGCUGUCAAUCAUCCACUGCGACCUGAAACCGGAGAACAUCCUGCUGUGUAACCCCAAGAGAUCCGCCAUCAAGAUCGUGGACUUCGGCUCGUCGUGCCAGCUGGGACAGAGGAUCUACCAGUACAUUCAGAGUCGUUUCUACCGCUCUCCGGAGGUGCUGCUGGGCAUGCCGUACGACCUGGCCAUCGACAUGUGGUCUCUGGGCUGCAUCCUGGUGGAGAUGCACACGGGCGAACCUCUGUUCAGCGGCUCCAAUGAGGUCGACCAGAUGAAUAAGAUAGUGGAGGUUCUGGGGGUUCCUCCCAGUCACAUGCUCGACGCAGCUCCCAAAGCCCGAAAGUAUUUUGACAAACUGUCGGACGGACUGUGGACUGUGAAGAAGAACAAAGACAUAAAGAAGGAGUACAAACCUCCAGCCACGCGACGCCUUCAUGAGAUUUUAGGCGUAGAGACCGGGGGCCCCGGGGGCCGCAGGGCAGGAGAGCCUGGCCACGCCCCAUGUGACUAUCUCAAGUUCAAAGACCUGAUCCUGCGUAUGCUCGACUACGACCCCAAAAGCCGCAUCACACCUUUCUACGCUCUUCAACACAACUUCUUCAAGAAAACCACAGACGAAGGAACCAACACGAGCUCCUCCACUUCCACCUCUCCUGCCAUGGACCACUCCCACUCCACCUCCACCACCAGCUCCGUGUCCAGCUCCGGAGGCUCCAGUGGUUCUUCCAACGACAACCGCAACUACCGCUACAGUAACCGCUACUACAACUCUGCUGUGACGCACUCGGACUACGAGAUGACCAGCCCUCAGGCCCCCUCUCAGACUCAGAUGAGGAUGUGGCCGGGCAGCGACAGCGGGGUCGGGGUCGGGGUCGGGGGUCAGGACGGCGCCUACACGCAGCUGCUGCUCCACAAACCCGCCGCGUCGCAGCAGCACCAGCGCCACUUCCUGGACGCUCCGCACCACCCCCACCCCUCGUACCCGCACCACAGUAACGGCGGCCGGGGCCCCCGACAGAGCGGGCAGGGCGGCGGGGGCCCGGGCUCCCCGCAGAUGAGCGACAGCAUGGACGUGGGCGUGUCUCUGGGGCUGCACCACCUGGGGGCGGUCUCUUCCGUGGACGCGUCUCAGUUCGGCUCCGCCUCCCUGCCGCUGGGCCUGCCCAUCGGACUGUCCGCCUUCCGGACUCGCGCGGCCCCCAACGCCCCCGGGCCUCAAGCCCCGCCCCCCGAGGACUAUUACCCCGCCUCCAACAACAAUAACCCCGCGGCGCCAGGGGGGGGCAGGGCCAGGCCGGACUCGGACGAGGGGCCCGCCAACUCCUGAUAAACCCUGAAGCGCGCCCUAAAGCCAUACCCCCACAUCCCGCCCAGUUGAGAGACGCGCGGCCCCGUGCCGACCCCGUGGUGUGCAUGAGAGGAGGAGACGAGCUUUUGUGGUGAUUGUAACUCAAGGAACGGCUGUGACCAGUUACUUUCCUUCAUAUUCUUGUUGUUGACUCUGAGUUGAUUUCUGUGUUUGAGGAGUUGUGUGUUCUCAUUGGUUGAUGCCUGGAGAGGAGGCGGAGACGGGAGCGUCCGGUCCGAGUGCGGCGCCGCGUCGUUUCUUUCGCUCGCGGCGUCUUUUCUUUUUUUCUUUUUGUCGCUUCUUUCACAUUUGUUCUGUUUCUCUGCGUUUCAUCGUCUCGUCUGUAAAACACAUUAUUUAUUAUCACAGUCACUGACCUCUGACCUCUGACCUCUCAGUGACCCCAGACUCUGCAGGGGCCCCUCCUGUUGUCUCUAGUGGCCCCUACAGUGGUCACUGUUCCUGUGGUGAUCACUGUAGGGGACACUAGGGGCCCCUGUAGUGGUCAGUCACUGUAGUGGCCCCUGCACUGGCCCCUGUAUCGGCCCCAUGCAUGGGUGUUGUCUGCAGCGUGGAGG